AUGGCCCUGGGGGCGUUUUUUUCCCUUGGUGUGCCCCUGUGGUCGCUACCACCCCUGCGAGUUCCUCUGGGAGCCCCGCUUCCACAGAGGGCUCCUUGGGGACUCCCCCGCCCCUGGAAGGGCCACCUUUGGGCGCCGUUGUCAAUGGGAGGCCCCCGUAGGAGCGCCGCUGCCACUGGCAGGGCCCCUGGGGGCGCCACCGCCUCUGGAAGGGCCCCGAUGGCCGCCAUCACCCCUCGCAGGGUCCCUGGGGGCACACCCGCCCUAGGUAGGGCCCCUGGGGACGCCAACAUCCCAGAGAUGUCCCGUUGCAGGGCUGCUGCCCCUGGGAGGGCUUCUGUGGGAACCACUGCCUCUGUAAGGGCCCCUGGUAGCUCUACAGCAUAUGUCAGGUCCCCUGAGGCCUCCGCCGUUCGUGAGAUUGCCACCUGGAAGCGCCGUUACCUCUCAGAGAUCGUUUGGGAGCGCCGCUGCCCACUUGGAGGGCCUCUGGAGGCGCCAUUUCCCUUGGCAGGGCCCCUGAGGGAGCGACCGCCUCUGCCAGAGGCCCUGGUGGCGCCAUAA